AUGCCUUUCAGGAUUGUUGAUUCUCGAUUUCCUAGCAAACUGUUGCAAACCAAAACUCUUGGCAUUUCCCGUUCAUCAAGGGAAAUUGGUUUUUUGACCGCAAUUGAAAGAAUUCGAGGAUUCUCGACAAAUCACAAAGGUCCAAAACGUUGCUGGAAAUGUAAAUCAGAGAUCGAUUAUCUUUCCCUUCAUUGUACUGACAAAGAAUGUGGUGUUAUUCAAAAAUCUUUACCAAUUGAUGUCACUUAUUUCGAAAUAUUGAGAAUGCACGAAGAUAACUACGAUCCUACACCAUUUGAUAUCGAUCCUGCCGGUUUGCGGCGCAGUUUCUUACGGCUUCAACAACUUGUGCAUCCUGAUAACUACGGAAUAAAGGAUCAACAAGAAUACACGUAUGCACAGCAACAAUCUUCUUUGAUUAACAAAGCCUAUCAAGUAUUAAAGGAUCCACUUUUAAGGGCACAAUACAUGCUUCAGUUAAAUGGUGUCCCAAUAAAAGAAUCAGAAUCUAUGGAGGAUUCAGAAUUAUUGAUGGAAAUUUUGGAUACACGUGAACGACUUGAAGAUGCAACUAGUGAUGACGAGGCAAAAAUAAUCCGGAAUCAAAGUGAAGCUAAGAUAGAAGAAAUUAUAAAAAAUUUAUCGAAUGCAUUCAAAUCCAAUGAUUUGUCCGAGGCGAAAGAACUAACGGUGAAACUUCAGUAUUGGUAUAAUAUUCGCAAGGCAGCCAUUGAAUGGCUUCCGGGAAAAAGGGUUGAUAUUCAACACUGA